AUGCUGCUCACCCUGUCCAGCCUCCCGCCGGCGCCCAAGGACGGGAGCCUCCAGGCGGACAUGCUCAGGACAAGUCCCCCCCGGAGCGUCUUCCCCGGCCCUCAUCAGCACCAUCACCCGUACAUGGACCUCUUCGCCCGGACUCGCGGCCUCCUUCAGCCUCUCAAGUCCACCUCCGCGCUGAUGCUCAACACUUACCUCCAUCCCCGACAGCAGCACAUGCCAGCCGGCCCGCCGCUGGCUUACCUCGGCCACCUCGCGCCCGGACACCCGCUGCGCUCCUCCAAACCGGAGGACCCGGAGCACGCCGUUGGCCCGCUCUCCCUUCCGGACUUGAGUGUCUGCAGUCCGGCCGGCAUGCACGACAGCGGGAGGUCUGCCUCACCGGCCAAGCUGUCGCUCCGGAACCGCGCCCCGUCCCCGGAGAAGCGAGGCCGCUUCAACUUCAGCGAGGACGACUUGUUCGCCGUCUUGUACGGAUACUCUGCGGGCUCCGAACGAGGCGCGGGCGGAGGAGGCCACGCGAUAUCCGGCGUGAACCUGCCCGACAAACCAGAUUGCAAGAUCAUCCCACUGGACGUGGAUGCACUGGACCUUCCUGAGGGUCUGAGCGUCGUGCAGGCGUGCUGGGGCAGCGUGUCCCGCUGCGGCGUGUUCACCGACGCCAAGAGCAGCGUCCCCAAGGGCACCCGCUUCGGACCCUUCCUGGGCAAGCUGGUCAACACCAGCGAGAUGAAAACCUACGACGACAACACCCUCAUGUGGGAGGUGUUCGAGAACGGCCGCCUGAGCCACUUCGUGGACGGGCGGGGCGGCUCGGGCAACUGGAUGUCGCUGGUCAAGUGCGCCCGCUUCGCCGACGAGCAGAACCUGGCGGCGGUGCAGGUCAAGGGUCAGAUCUUCUACGAGGCCUGCAAGGAGAUCAGAGCCGAGCAGGAGCUCCUGGUGUGGUACGGGGACGGCUACGUGCAGUUUCUGGGCAUCCCGCUCGCCCUCAGGGGUCACGACGAGGUGAACGACACCCCGCCGGCCGCCGAAGACGCCGGCGAAGGCUUCAAGUGCGACCGGUGCGGCAAGGUGUUCGCCUACAAGUAUUACCGGGACAAGCACCUGAAGUACACGCGCUGCGUGGACCGGGGGGACCGCAAGUUCCCCUGCCACCUGUGCAGCCGCUCCUUCGAGAAGAGGGACCGCCUGCGAAUACACAUCCUGCACGUGCAUGAGAAGCACCGGCCACACAAGUGCACAGUUUGUGGAAAGAGUUUUUCUCAGUCGUCCAGCCUCAACAAACACAUGCGAGUCCACUCGGGAGAGCGUCCCUACAAGUGCGUCUACUGCAACAAGGCCUUCACGGCUUCCAGCAUUCUGCGCACGCACAUCCGCCAGCACUCGGGCGAGCGUCCGUUCAAGUGCAAGCACUGCGGCAAGGCCUUCGCCUCCCACGCGGCGCACGACAGCCACGUGCGGCGGACGCACGCCCGCGACAAGCCGUACCCCUGCGACCUGUGCGGCGCCUCCUUCCAGGAGGAGCACGAACUCCAGCGCCACGCCAAAAGCCAUAAAUGUAAGCAAUUAAAAUGA